AUGCGCACCUUCGCUACACUGGCCGCCUUCGCGGCAACUGGUGCUGCUCAGCUCCUCACUCUUUCAGAGCUUGCAAGCAUCCCCGCUCCCGCCUUGGAAUCCGUCCCCAUCGGAGUCGGCAACCAGACCGUCGCAGCAUCCAAGCGUGAUCUUGGCAAGAAGUUGAUCGCCCGCGACUGCGGCGCUCUCCCUGUGGGCAGCGGCCCGGUCCCGUCUCCUGACACGGACCAGGCCUUCCUUGCUGACACCGACUUCUCCAACGCCGCCAACUCGGCCAUCACUCCUUCUGGCUGGUACCGGACUUUCCAGAAUCUCCAGUCUGCCACCUCAGCCUCGGCAUACCAAGGCUACAGCACUUAUGCGACCUACGAUCCUUCUCUCUGCGCAGCAGACUGUGCCAAGACUGAUGGAUGUGCCGCUUUUAACAUCUUCUUCGAGCGCGACCCGACCGUCGAUCCCGCCGCUAGCUGCCCCAACCCCAAUAGUACAACAGUCAUCAAGUGCAGUUUCUGGGGUGUCGGCAUUGGACCAUCUACUGCCACAAAUAGCGGUGGAUGGAGAAACGACUUCCACAUCGUGAUUGCCGGCUCCAAUGGAUACCAGCUCACCGCCCCUGACUACCCCGUCUCAGGCUACAACGCAACUUUUACCGACAAGGCUACUAUCAACGCUCCUUCAGACUGCAACAGCUACAUCACAUUCAAGUCUCACACCAACAACGCAUACGAUCCUUCCCUCUGCGCAACUGACUGCGCUGCUCAAGCACAAGAGACCAACCCGUUCAAUGGUUUGAGGUGCCAUUUCUUCACUAGCUACCUCCUCGUCAAGAACGGCGUCACACAGGCUCAGAUCUGCGCUCUCUACUCCCGCACCUGGGACAAGAGCUACGCCGUUAACACUGGAUACACCUCUGGCAGCGAUGUUUACACCAUUCAAUACGCUUACUCUUACUCUCUCACCACCGAUCCUGGUACUUUCGUUUGCCCUCAGGGCAACUCUGGCUCUUUGACAUCUGUUGCUGGCGUCACGAGCAGCCUGACAACUCUUGCUGCCAUCACUAGCAGCACAUCUAUCCCAGCUAUCGCCCUCACAACCUCCACCACCAGCAAGCCUUCCACGUUGUCGACAUCCGUCAAGCCCACCACCUCCGCAGUGACUGGUGGCUCUUCCAGUACCGGCCCCAUCUCCAGCUGCCCGAACCCAUCCAGCUAUGUAGUCGGCAACAACGGCGGCCUGUACGCAGUCUGCCCCGAUACCGACUUCAUGAUACCCAGUCCUCAGAUCUACUACGGCUACACCUCCAACAAGGACUGCGCAACCCAAUGCGAAAAGACUUCUGGCUGCACCAAGGCCGUCUACAGGCCCUCCACCCAAAUUUGCUACCUCAAGGGCAGCCCCAGCGUCGCCGCUUCCAACUGGAACGUCAACUCCGGCUUCCAGACACUUGUCAAGGUCGCCGAUAACACUCCCCUCACCCAGUGUUUGGCGCCGACAUACACCGUCACCGUUCUCAAGACUGUGUACACGGUCUGCCCCAGCAGUGACUUCACCAACAACCCUGCCACGGAUAUUUGGUACGGCGUUCUCUCCGACACUGCCUGCAUCUUGCUCUGCAAAUUAAAGUCUGGAUGCAACAAGAUUGUGUACAACCCUUCCACAUGGACGUGCUACAACAAGGGCAACCCGUCUCUGUCCAGCGCUGGGUGGCAUGUCGACAGCAAGUUCCGCACCAUCUAUGUCAACUAG